GACACCGUGCUACAGGAACUGAGGACAGACAGACAGAAGGUAAAGGAAAGGAACAUACCAUGGCAGCGGCUUCAGAUCAGAAUGUGGAGUUUGUGCGAACCGGCUACGGCAAGAACACAGUGAAGGUGCUGGUGAUCAGGAGAGAAGGCAGCCGCCACUACAUCAUCGAGCUGAAAGCUGACGUGGAGCUCACACUCAAAUCACGCAAGGAUUAUACAACUGGAGACAACUCAGACAUCAUCCCCACCGACACCAUCAAGAACACCGUCCACGCCCUGGCCAAGCUCAAAGGGGUGAAGACCAUCGAGCAGUUUUCCCUGGAAAUCUGUCUACAUUUCCUAACCUCUUUCAACCAUGUGCUGAGGGUCAAAGUUCACGUAGAGGAGGCUCCAUGGAGACGGUUGGAGAAGAAUGGGGUAAAACACGUUCACGCGUUUAUCAACAGCCCAGAAGCUUGUCGCUUCUGUGAUGCUGAACAGAAUCUCAAUGGCAUCCCCGUGGUUCACAGUGGGGUGAAGAACAUGACGGUGCUGAAAACCACCCAGUCCGGGUUUGAGGGUUUCCACCGAGACCGCUUCACUACUCUGCAAGAGGCCAAGGACAGGUGUUUCUGCACCUCUGUGUAUGCUAGGUGGCGCUAUAACAAGCAUCAGGAUGUCGACUUUGAUGCCGCAUGGAAGUGUGUGAAGGAAACGAUUAUUGAGAAGUUUGCUGGCCCGUACGACUGUGGAGAGUUCUCACCCUCUGUGCAGAAGACCCUUUAUGAAACACAGGUUAUGGUCCUGGAUAGAGUCCCUGAGAUCGAUGAAAUAGAGAUGGUCAUGCCCAACCAGCAUUACAUCACCAUAGACAUGACAAAAAUGGGCCUCACCAACAAAGAUGAAGUUCUUCUUGCCUUGGAUAACCCUUCAGGCAGCAUCACGGGCACAGUGCGCAGGAAACAGAAAGCCAAGCUGUGAAGGCACCGACACCUCCAACAAAUGCUGCCAAUGUGAUCCACAUCUCCAGCUGAAUAAACCACUUCAUAUAAGAGUCAAUCUAAUAGCGUAAUAUCUGAGAACAAAAAAUGACCUAUUCAAUAUUUUUGUCAUAAAUACAACUAAAAUAUUUCCUAAAU